AUGGCCGCACUCCGCGCGACUUCAAGAUGGGCAGUCUCGGGUACCCCAAUCCAGAAUAGCCUACUCGACUUCCAUGGUCUCUUCAAAUUUCUUCAUUUCGCCCCAUACGAUGAUCCAAAAGUUUUUGACGAUGACAUUUCGAGCAUAUGGCGUACCAAAACCGUCGAAGAAGCCAGUGAGACAUUCAAGAAGCUACUAUCGUGCUUGAUGAUCCGACGAACGAAGACUAUCCUGGAUUUGCCCAAGAGAGAUGACCAUCUGAUGCGUGUGCCAUUCAACCACGAGGAAGAGAGAUAUUAUCGCCAAAUCGAGCAGCCCGUCAUGGAAAUGCUAGACCGCGACACACGAGACGACAGCCAAACCCAGGUUCCUUGGAUGACUGCUAUACAGCAGAUCAACAAGCUUCGUCUUAUCUGCAACCUAGGCGUCUCCACUCAUUCGCAAGCCGACUGCAACUCGCAACCUGGCGGCGAAUCCGAUGACAAGACAUCCGUAAUGAACACACGCUUCUCAAUGGACGGAGGAUCAUGUGAGCUGUGCUCCCAGCCAGUCGAACUAUCGACACUCGGCAGCAGUCUACGGGAUAUUUGGAACCCAUCUCUUGAAGACCAAGCACUUGCCCGCAUCCACCGGCUUGGACAGCUUCAUACCGUGACCACUAUACGUUACGUCAUGGAAGACUCGUUUGAAGAGGUACUCAUGCCGCAGUGA